AUGUGUGACGAAGAGUGUAAUGUUUUGAGGUGUAAAAAGUCUAGUACAAAGAGAAAAACUUUCGGUCGAAUAUCAGAAGUUAACAAGAAGAUAAAAGUACAAAGUCAUGAGAUGGGAGAAAAUUGUAAUUGUAAUCGGUACAAGUGUUUUGAUGUGGUAAAUCUAGAACAAAGAAACAAAAUUCUAAGAGAUUUUAACCUCCUGCAGACCCGUGAUGACCAAAAUUUAUAUUUGUGUGGUUUCAUCACAGUUUAUGAGGUACAACGAAGGCGUCCAAGAAAAGCCGAAGAUGAGGCAAAUUUACAUUCAGCAACCUAUGCAUACCGGAUUAGAAACACUGAAGAAGUCUUUGCAAGAAACUGGUCACAUACAUGCGGAAAUUGUGAUGAAUUUAAGGCUAAACUGAAGGGCUUAGAAGUAGACUUGAAGAGUGUAUCUAACAGUGAAGAAAAGGUUGUUAUUGAGAAGAAGAUAAAAGAUUUAGAAACUGAAAAUAAAGUACACAAGAUAAAAGCAGAGACAUUUUAUCGCAAAAAAAGGGAAAGCAGGAUUCACUGUCAAUCUUCUUUGAAAAGAGAGGCUAUCGCCAUGGAUUAUCAAAAGAAUUUGAGCAUGCCUAACAUAACCACUAACGAUACCUACUAUAAGAGACAGCUCACCUUCAAUACAUUAAACAUUCACGUCCUGGAUUCUUCAGAUUCCUUUUUUUACUGCUACGAUGAGACCAUAGCUAAAAAAGGAGCAGAAGAAGUUUGCUCUUUCCUACAUCAUUAUAUCUUUACAAAACUUAAUGCGAAUGUCAGAGAGUUAGUAAUAUUCUGCGAUUCAUGUGGGGGGCAAAAUAAAAACUAUUGCAUGUUCAGAUUUAUAAACUAUGUGGUUCACACAGCCGAACGUUUGGAUGUAAUAAAAAUGGUAUAUCCGAUUCGAGGUCAUUCGUACUUAGAAUGUGACAAAAACAUGGCACUUAUAAAUCAGAAGGCUCCUUGUGAAACAACAGAUGAUUGGAGAAAAGUAGUGUCCGAGUCAAGGCUAAAACCUACACCAUUUCGAGUUAUUGAUGUUGAUCGGCCUUUAGUCCGAUCUUGGACCAAGUUUUUGGCACCAAAGUAUAAAAAGACAUGCCCAUUUCUUUCUAGACCUAUCCGUGAAAUCAGAGUUGAGAUUACACAUCCCCGUCUUAUUUUCUACAGAGAUUCCUAUAUUGGACACUGGACUUCCUCUGCUAUGCUGGAUGCAAAGAGAAGGGUAAACACAUCAUCCGGUGAAGACUUCCCUAAUUCAGGAGAAUUUACUCUCCCUGACCAAGCUUACAAGGACAUUUUACCGAUCAGUAAAGCAAAAUUCCUGGAUAUACAGUCAUUAUCAAAAUAUUGUGGACUGACAGCAAAACAGUUUUUUUCAAACUUUAAGUACAAUAAUUAG